AUGCGGCUACAGGCAGACGCGGCUACAGGCAGACGCGGCUACAGGCAGACGCGGCUACAGGCAGACGCGGCUAAAGGCAGGCGCAGCUUCAACACGGGAACGAGGAGAGCUGCUGCCGGAAAGAGGCGUCGACCAAUCAGGAGCCAGCACAGGACGGUAACAGACGGUAACCGCGGGAGACGGGAUCUGACCCAGAGCUGA